AUGACGUCAGAGACACCAGAAACUCCAGAAUCGAAGAAAAGCCCUGAAGCUUAUCUCAACGGUGGCAUCGACCUACCUCCACUAUGGGAACACUGUAUCGACAACUACCGCCCAAUCAAGAUUAUUGUGAUUGGAGCUGGGCUAUCUGGCAUCCUUGCGGGCAUUCGUUUUUCGCAGCAAAUUCCAAAUUUAGACCUUACCAUAUACGAUAAGAACGAGGAGGUUGGUGGUACUUGGUGGGAGAAUAGAUAUCCCGGAGUGCGUUGUGAUAUCCCGAGCGCUGCGUACCAGUAUACAUUCGAGAGUAAUACCGAAUGGCCCGAAUACUAUUCAACAGGUCCCGAAAUCCAGAAAUACUUCCAGCGCACAGCGUGGAAGUUUGGUGUUUAUCGCUUCACAAAGUUCCGGCAUCAGCUGCUAGGAGCCACGUGGUGCGAGAGGGACGGCAAAUGGGAAUUGAAAAUGAAGAACCUCAACACUGGAGAGGUAUACAUUGACACCUGUGAUUUCUACGCAAGUGCGACUGGAAUCUUGAACAAGUGGAAGUGGCCUGAUAUUGAAGGCCUUGAAAGCUAUCAAGGGAAACUUGUCCACUCUGCAAAUUGGGACCCUGAACUAACUCUAGACGCCAUGAAAGGCAAAAACAUUGCCCUCAUCGGGGCUGGUUCUACAGGUAUCCAGAUACUGCCACAGAUUCAAUCUGUUGCCAACCGAGUGGAUCAUUACAUGAGCGGAAAAACAUGGAUCUCACCGAUUGGGUUCGGCAGCGAAGAGCUACGAGAGCGAGGGGCUAUCGGAAACUUCGCCCAUUCUGAAGAAGAGUUGAGGCAGUGGAAAGAUGACCCUGCCUCCUAUCAUGCGUGGCGCCACAAGAUCGAAAAGUACGUCAAUGGCGCGGCUCUGAUCACUCUCUUCGGCAGCACUUCGCAACAGAACUUCCAAAAGAUCAACCAUGACGCAAUGAGAGAGAAGCUGAAGAGAAAACCAGAGAUUAUGGAGGCCCUAGAGCCAGCCUGGCCUCCAGGUUGUCGCCGGUUAACACCGGGCCCCGGCUAUUUAGAAGCUUUGGUAGAAGAUAAUGUGAGCUUUGUACCAACAAAGAUCAAGCGAUUCACACCUGAAGGCAUCGAAACAGUGGACGGCGAAGAGCGAAAGGUGGACAUUAUCAUUUGCGCUACGGGCUUUGACACCACCCUCAAACAAAACAUUCCGAUCAUCGGCCAGGGGGGAGUUGAUCUGAAUGAGAUAUGGGACCCAUAUCCGGAGUCUUACUUCGGGAUUUUCGUCCCCAAGAUGCCAAAUAUGAUCCGUUUUGUGGGCCCUAAUGGCGCCCCCGGGACUGGCGGCUUUGUUCAUUUGAUCGAGUGUGCAUGCGAGUACAUGGUGAAAGCAGUGCAAAAGGUGCAGCGCGAGUACCUCAAAUCCAUUACUGUGAAGCCGGAAGCGAUGACUAUGCUUACCAAACAUAUCGACAAAUUUUUCACCAAGACAAUCUAUACCCAGCCCUGUAAGUCUUGGAUGAAGCGCGGCAAGGAAGAUGGUCGUGUUAUCACUCUCUGGCCUGGAUCUGCCAUCCACGCAGUUGUUGCUUUUGAUAAUCCUCGCUGGGAGGACUUUGAGUACACAUACCUUCCAGAAACAGAGAACAACCACUUUUCAUUUCUCGGCAAGGGCUUGACAUUGGCUCAGGAAGCAGAUGCCGUGACAACCGAAUACCUUGACCUCGUUGAAAAGCCUCACGUGAUAAAUUCUGAGGAGCUCCCUCGAUUGGAAAGUCCAUACGUGUCCGCUGAGGAAAGGCUGAAGGGCUAUAUGGAGCUUCCGUAG